CAAUUUUCUCCAACCAAACAUCUAUUUAUUAUUAUUUUAUUUUACAUUUUUAUAUUUACUUAUCGAGAUAAAAAAUAUCGACUAUUACUCUUUUUCAUUAUGAAUUAAGCUGUUUCACAAGAUUUAAAUCAGAUUCAACAAAGAUGUCUCUGUGCCGCACGUUAAAGGUUUUGGGGGCGACUCACAAAUCUUUGAAUAUUUACCAGUUAGCUUGUGCAUUAAAAUUGAGGUUGGACUACUCCUCGAGUGCCGAAUCGUUUUUGAGCGGCACCAACGCUAACUUCCUCGAAGCGCAAUAUCUAGAUUGGGCCAAAGCGAAAGGGAGCAUCGACUCGUCAUGGGACGGGCUCUACGACAGCCUCGGCACAGCCACAGAGCUACAAAUAGACGCGUUUGACGAAUUCAACCCCACUACUGUCAAACCAAAAUCAAAGAGCGGUAAAGAAGACAAAGAUGCGUUGAAGAAGAAAAUCAAACUGCAUCUCGCCGUACAGAACUUGAUCAGGAGCUACCAGGCACGCGGCCAUCUCCUAGCGAAGACAGAUCCGCUUGGACUGUCCUUAGCAGCCAAAUUCAUCUUGAAGAGCAAGCCGGCGACGUACGAGACGAAGGGCAUGGAAUGCGUGAUCGUGGCCAGAGAGCUCGGGACCACGCUAUGUGAGAAACACAUGGACAUGACGUUCGAGCUGCCCGACAGGACAUUCAUCGGUGGUACGGAGACCGAGCUUACACUGAGAGAAAUAAUAACCCGCCUGGAGAACGUGUACUGCAAGUCGAUCGGCGCGGAGUUCAUGCACCUGUUCGACCUGGACUGCAUCCAGUUCAUGCGCGAGCGCAUGGAGAAGCCCGGCGUGUUCGACAAGACCCUGGACGAGAAGAGGCUCAUCAUGCGCCGACUCACCAAGGCUGUAUUCCUGGAGAAAUACUUUGCGACGAAGUGGCCGGCGGAGAAGCGGUUCGGGUCGGAAGGUGGCGAGAGCAUGAUCGUGAUGCUGGAGGAGAUCGUGGACUCGGCCACCAGGCUCGGUGUAGAGUCCAUAGUCAUGGCCAUGCAGCAUCGAGGCCGUCUGAACAUGUUGGUGAAUGUGUGCCGUAAGCAGCUGGUGGACAUCUUCGCACAGUUCAAACCCAUGGAGCCGAAGGAGCCUGGUUCCGGAGACAUAAAGUACCAUUUAGGUACAUACAUUCAUCGAUUCAUUCGGAGAACGAACAAGUAUAUCAAGGUAUCAAUGAGCGCGAACCCGUCCCACUUGGAGGUGGUGUCGCCGGUGGUGGUCGGUAAGACGCGCGCCGAACAGCACUGGAAGGGGGAUAACGUCGGGGAUAAGGUGAUGGCCAUAAUAAUGCACGGCGACGCUGCGUUCGCGGGGCAGGGCGUGGUGUACGAGACGAUGCACCUGGGCAAGCUGCCCGCCUUCACCACGCACGGCUCCAUCCACAUCGUGUGCAACAACCAGAUCGGGUACACCACAGAGCCCAGGUUCUCCAGGAGUUCACCAUAUUGCUCGGACGUGGCGAAAUGCGUGGACGCGCCAGUACUGCACGUGAACGGCGACGACGCUGAAGCGGUGGCGCAUGUGGCGCGCAUCGCGAUCGAGUUCCGCUGCAAGUUCAAGAAGGACGUGGUGCUGGACCUGGUGUGCUACCGCCGCUACGGACACAGUGAGGAGGACGAGCCCAUGUUCACGCAGCCGUUUAUGUACAAGAAGAUCAAGACCAUGCCCACUGUGGACCAAGUGUACGCUGCGAAACUCAAGGCGGAGGGCUCGGUGACCGACUCUGACAUCAAGGGCUGGGAGAAGGAGUACAUGGACACGCUGAACAAGCACUUCGAGCUCGCCAAGAAGGUGACGAAGCUCAGCAUCAUGGACUGGAUCGACACGCCCUGGACCGGCUUCUUCGAGGCCGUCGAUCCUAGCAAGAUCAAGGAGACUGGUAUCUCACAGACAACCAUCAACACGAUCACGGCGCACUUUGUGAAGCCGCCCGAGGAGUGGGCCUUCGAGCUGCACAAGGGCCUGCACAGGGUCCUCGGCGCCAGGGAGAAACUGAUAAAGGAAGGUUUUGCCGACUGGGCCAUAGGAGAGGCUCUCACGAUGGGCUCCAUAUUGCGUGACAAGAUCCACAUCCGAUUUACCGGAGAAGAUGUCGAAAGAGGCACCAUGGCGCAUAGGCACCACGUGUACCACCACCAGGGCGUGGACGGCGCCACCUACCGCGUGCUGGACGUGCUCUACCCUGACCAGGCCAGGUACUCGCUGCACAACAGCUCGCUGUCCGAAUUCGGUGUGUUAGCGUACGAGGUUGGCUACUCGUACUCUAGCCCAUAUCUGCUGACGAUUUGGGAGGCGCAGUACGGAGACUUCGCAGACACCGCGCAGCCCGUGUUCGACACGUUCAUCGCCAACGGCGAGAGCAAGUGGGUGUGCCAGUCGGGGCUCGUGGUGAAGCUGCCGCACGGUAUCGACGGCGCUGGUCCGGAGCACUCGUCGGCACGCGUAGAGAGAUAUCUGCAGUGUUGCGAUGAUGAUGAAGAAAAUAUUCCCGAUCUGGAUGACCGUGACAUGACACUGAAGCAACUGCGCGCUGCCAACUGGAUCGUAUGCAACGUGACGUCGCCGGCGAACUACUUCCACAUGAUGCGGCGGCAGGUGGCGAUGCCGUUCCGUAAGCCGCUGAUCCUCAUGACGCCCAAGGUGGGCCUCAAGCACCCUUACUACAGGUCGCCGCUGACAGACUUCCUGCCCGGCGUCGGCUUCAAAAGAGCAAUCCCUGAAUGUGGACCAGCGGCUCAAAAGCCCGAAGGCGUGAAAAAACUGAUAUUUUGCUCGGGUAAAGUGUCGAUUACAAUCGAUGAGCUGCGAAAAGAGAAAAAGUUGGAGGACAAGAUCGCGAUGUGCCGCAUCGAGCAGCUGUUCCCGUUUCCGUACGACAUCGUCUUACAAGAGUUCUGCCGGUUCGAGUCGGCCAAGGUGUGCUUCUGCCAGGAAGAGCACAAGAACCAAGGCCCGUGGCUGUUCUGCAAAGUCCGGCUUGAGAAUCUAAUUGGGAAGAAAAUUGAAUGUAUAUCUCGGCCGCCGAGUUCCGCGUCAGCCACAGGCAUCAAGUGGAUCCACGCUAAAGAACUGAAGGAGCUCAAAGAGAAGAUCGUCGCUCUCUAACACGUUUGCUAAAUUAUUGUGAUUUAUAUCAGAGUCCAAAUUGUGUUGUUAAUAAAUUGUAGAAAAUUUA